AUGCGGGUCGUAACGCGAAUGAUACGGGUGGCCGCCGUCCACGCUCGACUCUGUCAUCGAAGCCCCGUCGUCGGUCGUCAAGUUGACUUUGGCGUAUUCCGUAUUGCGGCUACCCACGUGCUUUGGGGGUUUCCCCUCAUCUUCCUCACCAGCCUCGCCACGAGACUCAUCCCUGUGAACUUCUUGAAACUCUUCCACGCCGCCGCCUUGAAGGAAAUCCCCUCGCUCGGACCCACCCCCAAGAUCGGGGAUUUCCGGUAUAUUGUCGCCCGAAUCCGAUUUCUUGCCGCCAUUGUUGUUCGACGACGAGUCACUGUCUGCGUCUCCUCCCCUACCAAGGCCCCCGGUUCCUCCACCCUGUCCGCCAAGACCCCCAGUGCUCCCGCCCUCCCCUCCAAGGCCUCCACUCCCGUUCCAUACGCCUAUGUCCUCGCUCUCGCCACCUCCUCUGCCGAGACCGAAGCCCCCGGAUUGACAUCCGAGCCGACAUUGCCCGCUGACCCCCGCCUCCGGAUGAACCGCCCCGGAGGCCCCCAAACUUCGGGCUCCUGUUCUCGUGAAGUGUAUACAUCCGUAGAUGGCUUUUGGUGA